AUGCAACGCAACGCAACGCAGGGCAACGCAACGCAGGCCGCGCCAUCGACAGGCGGCCAGACGGGCGUGGGCUAUUCUGUUCUUAGCCUGCAUGCAGAGACCAGACAGACCCGACAGAACACUGGUGAUAAGCCUUGCUUGAGUUCUGACAGUGGGUCCGAUGACCUCAGAGUCCAGCAGUCCCCUGGCAUGCGCAAGCAAGGGCCGCCAUCCUCCUUGGCCCUGACCUUAAAGAGAUUGCUGGGAUUUGGGGACCUGCUCCAGUUACCAGGGUACCUACCCUACCUGAGGCACACAAUACACGUUCAGUACUGGAGUGUCGGCCGCGUCCAGAACAGCGAUGCGAGCCAACGACGCGGGUCUGCGUACGUGCACCUGGGCGGCCAACGGCACUUCUGCGACGCCACUAGCACCGUUCCGAGGGCUAACGACUUCAGCCUUACCGAUGAGAAAAAAACCACCUCCCUUUUAGCGCUUGCUCAAGCGGCUUGGCCGAUCACAUCGAGGAACCGCCUUCGAAAGUCCUGGAUAGAGCUUGCCGAAGCGGCAAAAGCCAGUUGUCUUCGCCAUAGCAAAUGA